GAGGCGGCCUCUUUGCCGACGGCGGCUACCAGCAGGAAGCCGGGAGUUCGGUGUUCUUCGAGCAUUGCUCGGCAAAAGGUGACGGCGGUGGUGCAUCCGUGGAGAACUCCUUCACACAGGGCCCUAACACCUCUGCCAUCUUCCGCAGCUGCCUCGGGGGAGAAGACGGAGGCGGCCUCCACGCCAAAGGUGGCUACCAGCAGGAAACCGGCAGUUCGGUGCUCUUCGAGAACUGCUCGGCAGAGGCCCAUCAGAGCACCUUGGCCUGGGAAGAUAAUAUGAGCUUCGCAGUAUCGGGGUGUCCUCCCAAUGGUACGUCUGGUCCAUAA